AUGGCUUUUCAACAGCCGGAGCACUGGCUAGGUGAUACCAUCAUCACAAAGACUUUUGAUACCUACAAAGCUGCUGGAGAUUGGCUUUUGAGCAUGGCAGAGUCUCUCAAACAUGGAGGGAUCGAAAAGAGCUUUCGUGCUGCAGCCAAGGAGGUUGCAGCUGAGGCUUUGCAGGGCAGUCCAAAGUUGGAGAAUGCUGAGACUGACAUCACAAAGGACUUCCUGCAAGUUACGCGAAUGCACACAGUUACUCCAGAGUUUUCUACAAGCAGCAUCCAGCUGCUCUUGCUGGGGGAGCAAGAGCAUCCACAGCCAGCUAUCACAGAGUCAGCCCCAUCAGAGCAGUUUCCUCACACUCGGCAAGUUCAAAGUGAGCUCCAGGUUUCCUGCCUAGUGCUUCGCGAGGAAGCUUGGAUGUGGUUCCGGCGCAAAGAUAUAUCCCCCAUGUACCUUUUCCGCAGCUAUGCCUUGAACAACCUCCCUGCCAGCUUCCACAUUCUUGUCACCGACACCCUUGGCAAUGAGUGCGAACAUGUGGGGACUAUUGAGUUUGACAAAUGCGAGGAUGUGCGCAGGUUCUACCCGUGGAAGUCCUACAUGCUCAAUGCUUUGGAGUCCAAGACAUGGGCCAAAAGAGUACGGGACAAGGAGAAGGUUUGUGCAUGGCGAAUCCAGGCAGUCCAGCCUCUAGAUGCUCCUAUCAGGGUUCAGAUUGGCCUGCGCCACGUUUUCUCUGCUGAGUCUGACCAGGCAAAGCUUAAGUACAUUUUGGCAGCGCAUCCCAGUGUGGAACAUUGCUUUGCUGAUUGCCACAACUUCGAGGACAUGUCAGGCUUUUGCUACAAGUGUGGCCGGGAGCACGCCAUUGAUAGUUCUAUGAGGGCAGACCUGCACCUGUGCGGCCCCAGCUGCAAAGACCUCAGUAUCCUGGAGGCUGCAAGAGGAAUCCACAACGUGUACAUUAUGCAGGAUGCUAUGAAGAUUCAUCAGGCAUGGGCUCGAGUGGACCAACCUAUAGAUCUGGAUUUAGAGCCUAUCUAUGAGAAUGUGAAAUCCGUGGCAGAGCAAACAAGGUCUGCAACUGGUGACAUCCAUCGCCCAGUCAUUGAAGUGGUCAAAGAGGAUGUAGAAGCUUUGGGGUACCGCUUUGCCUUUAACAAAGUGGACUCGCAGCACUUCCUAGUUCGGCAGCGACGGAACCGAGUGUAUGGUGUGGCAGAAACACAUUGUGGGAGCACACGCGCAGAAGGUGAAUUUGAUCGUAUGUUGUCUGGGGCGCUUUCCAGUCUGCAGACACAUUUCCACUUCAGGAUGGAAGAGUGCUUUCUCAGUGAUCAGCCUCAAGAAAAAAUCCGUGGAGGGCGUCUGCAGGACCAAAUAAAUGUUGCCAUGGAGAAAGCUCGCGCUGGACAUGGUGAGAACAUCUUCGUAGACUGCUCCACCUCCUCUCAGCGGGCCCCAGAGGCUGCAACCAAUGUGGUCACGUGCGUGUCUCCAACCCACGAUGUGUACUCCAACUUGCUGCAAAGGUUUUUGAAACCAGAAGAAUUCCUUUGGGCACAGGGGAUUUGGCGUGCAGACGCAGAGAACCCGGUGGCAUAUGAUGAGAUGAUAUCAAGUGGACUGGCGCAAGACCUUGCAGGCAAUUCUUUCACGAGCACAGUGGUGCAGGCCAUCGUUUUGUCAUCCUUUGUUUCCUGUGAUUGCUGGUUCCAUAUUGAGCUGGAAAAGGUGAAAUCGAAAACCACCGAUACCAACAAGAGCAAGCUGAUGGCGUUUUCUGAAGGCGAUGGAGCCAAAUUGGUUGAGAGGCCUUCCAAUCUACCCCAAGCAGAUGAACAGCAAAGGGGGGUGAAGCGCAAGGUGAGGGAUGUCAGUGAAGCCAAAUUGGGUCACCGCCGCGGCAGUCCAGAACUGACGGAUCAGCAACUGGCUGAAUGCAAGACAUCUGAUGGUGAUCAACUUGUUCAACAACCUGCUGAUGAACAGAAAGUUGUGAGACGACGUUUGCUGCAGAAGUCUAAUCCCGCAGCCUUGCUGCAGCUCAUGCCCAAGAAGAAGACCAGGGGCAAAGGACCAGGCAACAAGAACGGGAAAGGAAAAAAGCGCAUGGCCACGAUCUGGGACAAGAAUGAGAUAUUCCUGGCAUAUGACAAAGCCAAGGCCAGUGGUGAAAAGAAUCCCAUCAAGGCUGUUGAGAAUAGAAAGCUCCCGGGAUACUUUCCUGGCUGUUUGUAUGAGUCCAAGUGGGGGGCUGCCCGCCGAGAGCAACAGUGGGCAUUGCUGUGCGCAAGCGCUCCAGCCCUUUGCAAGAAGCACAAAGAACUUCCAAACAGUCUUCGGAGAAUCCUCCGCUUCAACAAGCAGAAGCACGGGGCCCCGACCAAGGACACGGCAAGGUGCUACAUUCCAUUGGCACUGGAGCAAGCAAUUGAAUCCAUGAUCCUUGACCGGAUCCUUCUGGGAGAGGAGACCACCAUGGUUUUUGUGAAGAACACCAUUGUGUGGGCUGUGCAACUUUGGAAUGAAGUGAUAGAGAUGAUCCGAACGGACAUCAGGAACAAUGGCCUUGAAACCAUCAAGCAGCAGGACGAGGAGCUUGCAGCUAUGACGCCUUCUCGCCUCAACCACUUCUUCCAGGAGUUGGCAGACAAUUCAGAUGAACUGCUUCAGCCUAUCAACCUAGACCUGAAUGAUGCUGCUCUCUUGAAGAAGGCUCAGCGCCUGUGCCACAAGUUCGACAUCCGGUAUCGCAGCAAUGAGAAACCAGGCCUUCACCUUCCGUUCACCCACCCCUCCUUAGAGAGGGUGCGGACAUAUGUGAGCUUGGCUGUAAAGGAGAAAGUGAUUCAUCCUCGUCUGAUAGCCAACUAUGAUCAAGUCUGGAGCACCAACUAUAGACCAGCAAAGCGCGUGCUGCAGAAGCCUGGUGGUGCUAGAGGCCUUUUGCGAGAUCCUUUGAGCAAAUCCUUGGCAAUGCGCCGCAUCAGGCACAACAUCGAAAGAUGCCUGAACAUGGACCUGACUGAAGAGGAUCCUGCUUCUACUUCUGUGGAGGAACCUUCGAGCAAUGGCUUGCACCAAAUCACUGGUGGUAGCGCUGGUGUUGCUCCAGUGGAUGAGUGGAGGCUUCCUCGCACGGUGACAACAAUAUCAUUCGUGGACGGACAUGUCUCUAGGGCGUAUGUCACGCUGCGGUCUGGAACCAUGCCAGAAAGCACUCGGAAGCGCAUCAACCAGCAGUUGGACAAAUAUCUGUUCAUCGAGCAGCAGCAGGUUACCAGUCAUAUUUGGAACGAGGCCACCCAAAUCAAGUUCCUAGACUUCCUUGCCAAGGAGGUCAGAACACGGAGGAAGAUGCUGGGAUUGGAUGCAACGGCAAGGGCCCUGGUACUUCUAGACCAGGCUGGCGCGCAUAUGUCCAGAAAGUAUGAGCGCAUCCAGGAACAGUGGAGCCGCCAACACAACAUUGAACUGAUGGGUGGCCGUAGCGCAGUGCCAGUGCCCGGUGGAUUUGGGGCCAGUGGUGGCCCGAAUGAUGGGUGGCACCAGUGGCUACAUGCUCUGACAAAGUCCUAUUUGAGGCUGGCUGUUGGAUGGAGCUCCUUUCCUCAGCUUCGAACAAGACUGGAUGAGCUUCAGAUGGGCCUUCAAAGUCAGCCAAGUACCAAGCAACUUGGCGGCGUAGGUUUAAUCGCUGAGCUGUUGGCCUUGUCUUGGUUGCCAUCAUUGAGGAACCGGCGGCUGAUUUGGACAUCAUGGCUCCAAAGAGGCUACUGUUCUGAAGAUGACAUUGCGAACUGGCAUUUUGGCGGUUCCUCGUUCAUUCCAUUUUGA